CUGGUAAAUAGCCGACGUUAAGGCGCAACUAGAAUCAUAAACUGAUUUCGUAUUAUAAUUUUACGCGGAGUAGAGCUCUGAGGUCCUUGAGGUAAUCCGUAAGUAACUUUCCAGGAAGAAGCACCCAAAAUUCAAAAUCCUAACAGUGCUCCGGCGCAGCUAACAGCACAUUCCGCCAUUAGCUUUUUUUCCUUUGGCGGGGGCGGACGCGCUUUUUGUCCGUGCAUUCCGCAGAACUUUUUCGCACACGCUUUCCUCGCCAUUGCCACACAAGAAGUUUCCACCGCAUACCAACACACUACCAGGAAAAUCCAGCGUCUAAGCCGCAGAAUGCUGUGAAAAUCUUAAAGCUAACGGGAUCUGGUUCUUCUGAAAAGACUGCAGUGCUUUUUAUCGUUUUAUUUUCUGAGAACUCUUACGAAUAAUUUGCAUGAAACACGAAUUCCCGGAGAACUGCGAACUGAAAAUCGAGUAUUGCCAAUCAGCCAUAACAAUAUACGAAAAGUGCCAAAAUACCGUAAAGCAUUUGCUUCAACGGGAAAAGGAGAAAAGUCUCGCAAAUAGCUGGACAUAAAAAUUUACAGUUACGUCGAAUUUACAACCGAGCAGAGAGCACACAGACAGCCCACACAUUCUCAUGCACACACACACAAGCCCGUUGGCCCGUUACCGCACAGCUUGAGUUACGAAAGCUGCAGGAGGAGGUGGAGAGUGGAGUCCUUGAGCAUCUCGGCUAACAAACAACCCCCAAUACAGUCCAAAGUUGUUGGGUGCGACGCCACUCGGAACAACGGCAAAAAAAGCGUCAACAAAAAACAAACACAGACACAGGAUGCCGACCCAUCUGCGCGUGUGUGUGUGUGCGUCGGUAUAGAUUUACCGUUGGAUGGCCUUUCAUGUCGUUCAUCCCGUGCGGGCCGCCAUAAAGUGAGGCGCCAGCCUACGAUGAAUCGCAUUUGCGAAUAAGUCACCCCGGCAACCACAAUCCGUCCAAUUCGGUUAAAGUACAGGGCAUAAUCAUGUUUGGCUCCAAGCUGCGCUCCUGGAUGGAGACGCACAUCGUGCGGCCCCGCAAGAAGGGUAACAAGCACAAGCAAGUGACCGCCGAAGCCGGCGGUUCCGGGAGCUCCGCUGGUAAGAAGUCCGGCACCCUGCCCCCGCCGGGCAGCAAUGUCACUAGUCCGGUGCUGACUAGUAGUGGCAGCCACAGUAUCGCCAGUCCGGUGCGACGACGCGAAGUCUCGCCCAUUCAGUGCCACCCCCCGAGUCGGCGGUAUGGCUGGCACUCCCCUGACGAGGACUCUUAUGUUGUCACAUCGCCCAAGUCGGACAACCUCUUGUACGCCCCAAACUGCCACCGGCCUCUUCCGCAUCAGCCGCCACAGCAUCAGCACCACUUGAGCGUGCCCAACAGCAAGGAGAACUCGUGCGCGGAGAAGUCUCCCGUGCGAGUCAACUGCUCCUCGUCGUCUAUUUCAUCCCUCUCCUGGUCUACGGGCUCCAAAGAACCCUCUUCCAGCAAGCCUGGCCCGUUUAAAGGGGAAAUCGCACAGGCUGUGGAGUACUACAUUCCGCCUGACGAAGAAGUGGAAUACGAGGAGGUUGGCAAUCUGCUACUGCGCCCUCCGCCACCAAGGGAAAUCCCGCGUCCGCAAUCGGAGAACCUGGGCGCCGUGCGUUUGUUGUAUGAAGAGGAACCUGGCCAUGGCAAUAACCAUGUUCGCUACGGGCGCCUACUGCCCUCGAAACUGGCCCCCAUCCAGCUGGGAGAGUCGCUGGACAGCUUGCCAACAACGGCCCCACCCCCAAUACCACCACCUCCCGGUAUAGGAUCCCGUAUGCGCACCCCGCGUGGUGUGCAACGCAGCAACUUCAUGCCCGGUCCGAGGCCCCACAGUCUGCCCUCGCCGGAGAGCGCCUACUCCACCGGCUACUCAACAGACGGCACCUCUCCCUGCGCUGCCACCAACUACAAUCCCCCUGAAUACUACAUCAACAUGCGCUCGGGUACGCACUACUUCCCCAAGAGCGUAAACUCAUUGGCCAUCGAGGCGAAGCGCUGCAAGUUCGGCCUGAACCGCAUCGAGGAGAUGUCACCCAUGGACCCGCUGCCCAAGAGCAACUUUGCGAGUGCCAGCCACGGCUUGGAAACAUCGCACUCUCCCUUGGCUAUCCACCAGCAGCCGAAGUUAUUUGAAUCUCCAUCGCCCAGACAGCGGUGUCGCAUCAGGACUAAUCCGUGGUACAACACUGGCGAGCAGCACCUGUCAGCUGUGCCUGCCCGGAACGAGGUGGAUGCCACCAGCACCACCUCCACCACCUCGUCGGGCAUUAAGUCGGGCAAUGAGCUGGAAGUUCCGGCGGCGAAAACAACAGCAACCAAGGCAGCAACCCUUAACUCCAGCAGGGGCUCCCAUUGCAAGUUGCUGCGAGUGGGGGAGGACCCGCCUGGAAUAGGGGGGGUUGCUUACGAGUCCGAGUGCUCUUCGACGUCGACUGAAGUGGAAAAUGUGCAUGCCCCGCACACCAUCAAGCGGCGACACUUGGAGCAAGUGGAAACAACAACCACCUCCGCUCCCGUGGCGGGGGGCUGCGGCGGAGGAGCUGGCGCCACAACCACUUCCUUUGUGCUCAGCGACGACGAGGCCACCCUCAACGAGAUGAUUGGGAAGUUUGACGAGAGCUACAUCUAUGAGAAGGAGACUGACAUACUCAGCAGCGACUCGGAUCCUACAGACUGUUGCGCCUCGGAGCUGGACACCGGGCAGGAUGCCGGGGAUGAGUGCGACACGGAUGAGCUCCUGGACAUUGACUUCAUAGACACGUCCUCCAUGCAGGAGGUGGUGCUUGACCGCCAUGAUGUGGUCGCUCGCAACAUGGGCAGCUGCCACUACUACUCAAGUCCCAUGGUGAAGCGCAAGUCUACGCGGCGCUCAGCCAGGCGCAAGAGCGGCCCGGAGGCUGCUGAUGGCUUCCAACAGCAACGUCGCAAGCGGUUCCUCAAGACUCGCAAGAAGAGUUGCGAGAAAAACGAGAGGCCUCCGGUGUCGCCGCUUCGUGAGUCGCGUGGCACUCGAAGUGUCGGGGGUACACCCGUGUGUCUGCGUCGCCAUCUUCUUGGCCCGAAGGAAAAGAUAUACAAGACUUCGCCGCUCUCCAAUCGCUCAAACUCACUUAUAUUCGGCGACAUGAACAUCAAGAACUCGCUGACCAUCGCGGAGAGCGAGAAGGCUCUGAUGAAGGCGGAUCUGGAGGCAGACAUGAAGUACAAGCAACUCAUCAUGGAGGCUGAGUCGCUGUUGGAGUCCUUGAAGAACAGCGUUCAAAGCAUCCCAAGGGACACACCGGUGGCCAGUCCACGGCGCCUGAACCCCUUGGCCAACAAGCGUGUGGAAAUGCUCAAAAACAGCGAGGUUGACACCCCCAAGAAGCAGCCAUCUCCGUCGCCGCAGGAGCACGAGCUGGCCGCUGCCAUCAACAAGCGCGUCGAAAUGCUCAAGUUUGAGACUUCCUCGGUCUCCUCCCCUCCCAACAGCCCCAAGCUGGGGCCGCGCUACAGUCCCCGGAAGACGCACUUGACCAACUUUAUGAACCAGAACGCUCCUCCGGAGCUGCCACCUCGCAAGGGCCCCACUGCACCACUCUCGCCCCAGCUGCAGCUGAAUGGCAGGCGUCUGCUGGAGAGUCCUAAGGCCAGGCGCCAUGGGGGCACCAUGACCGUCACAUCGACCACCACAACCACGGUGAUCAGUUUCAACGGAAGCGACUCUGACAUCGAUUGCCUGGCUGCGGAGGAUCUGGGCAAUCAAAACUAUUUCCCGUACGCGAGGCCGGCGAAGACACUGACGAAGACGAACAUCCAGCUGGAGGUCGAGUCACAGGUCAACAACAACUUUUACUGCCCCCACAGCGAGCCUCUGAAACGCAAGGUCUACAAGGGCAGCUCUUCCUUCGAGCGGAUCAAGAAGAACUUCGACUUGGAGCUGGACCGCAUCAAGUCAAGCGAGCGCUCUCCAGCCAAGCUCUCCGCCUCCGUUUCGGCCAAGAGCUCCAUGCAAGACGUGACCGGGGACGAGGACAAAAGGCUGACAUUGGAGGGUGGGGGCGUCGGCGAGAGCCGCAAGCAGCAGCUCAUUCUCAACACGCUUGUCGAUCUGAAGCGGAGCUUGGAGAACCAGAGCCACCAGCUAAGUGGCCUAAACGGUGAUUAAUAGAACCGAAAGUACUGACUACUAGGGCUAAGAUCAUCAGCACAUAACCAUCAGCUAUAAUCAUCAUCUAGAUAGUAAGAGUAAGCUAACAAACAGUCCAACCGAAUCCCUCAGACUAGACACUGAAACUGAGCGCAAUAACUUUCUACUGAUAAGAGAGACUAUUAUUUACAAAAGUAUAUGGCAUAAUACUCGAGGGCCGUAAUCGAGCCCUCGGACUGGACUGGCAGAGAGUUAUUACCGAAUAUCAAGUAGCUUUCAGUUGGAAAAGUUGUUAAAUGGAGAUUUUGUUUUCUGAACGUAGAUGUUUUGUUAUUACUUUUGUAGUAUGCCUAUUUAAUACUGCAUUUAGAGUGGAGCCCCGUAGAGCCCAUUUGAACUCAUUUUUAAUCCUUUUAAUUUCGAGUAUGAUAGUUCAUUUUAAAGUAUUAAUCUCCUUUGUUCACUCAGUUUUAUGGAAAAACGUUACUUUUGUUGGCAUGCCAUCUGGAGUGGUGUUCAAAACACCAAAGGCAUAAUAUUUUUGAGUAAAAUCCUACCUAGGACUCACAUUAUCCUCCUACUCUAGCUCGAAUACGUUGAAUACUUAACUACAUAAGUCAAUAACUCACAGUACUCUUAGUUACUCAUAGAACAUUUGUUGUGAAGCCGAAUUUCCUUUGAUUACGAAGCAUAUCCCGCGAGAAGUACAUCGGCUACCCUACCAUUAGGGAACUAUUUCUAGACUUGGUAGAACCCCACUACGUAUACUCACUAUGGUCAAGAAUAAUCUGAAGUAGACCUUUAAGUAACCAUUUUUAUCCAUCCGAAUAUGAAAAUGAAAUUGUUUAGUCAAAUUGUCAGUAGCUUAAUGAGAGCAGAAGCUGUUUUGUUUCCUCAGUUAUCGCCUAGAAGAAUAUCAUUUUUAGAGCCGGAAUUGGCCACGUUUGUCAUGAUUUCCCAUUCGGGUCAAAUUGGUUGUAAUUUGGAUCAAUCAGUUAUGAGUUAUGAAUUAUCAAUUAUGAAUUUUGUUGUUGUGUGCCCAAUUAAUACGCAUCUAGAAGCUAUAGAACCUACACAAGCAUACAUAUUAUAAGCCAAUACUGUAACGUGAUAAUAAACUUAAUGAAAAGCCCAAGACCGAAAUCCAUUGGGGCCUGGGGCCUGGGCCCAAGGCGCACCCGAUCGGUAGGUAUUCUGUUCGGCACAUAGUACUUUAUAUAUGUAUCUAAGCCCCCGUUAUAUUUGUAGCUUUGCGUACUCGUUUCCCAUUGAAAUUGAAAUUGCAAUUAGUUUUCGUUUUGCUUACGUACUAGCCCCCCCGAGUAUUAGAGUCGCGGGGUAGUGGCCUGGUAUGCCGUGUUAAAUUUACUUAAUUAGUUUCACCCAACGCGACACUUGAACAUCGAACACGGAGCACCGAGCUCCGCACUACGAGCUCCGAAGAAACCACCGAACUCGACCGAUAUUUGAACUUUAAAUUGCCGCUAAUGCGUAGUUCCAGCCCUCCUCCUCCGGCUGGUACUCGGGCUGCGGCGGUAAUUAAUUUAUGCAGUCUAGAUUCGACAUUCAAUAUUCGAUGUGAAGCAGCGACCUUAAGACAAUCCAACGAGCUUUCAACGACGAACCAAUUUACAAAACCCAACAUGCAACAAAAGACUGCACCGUUAUUGCCCCGGGUCCAGAACACCACACUCCACACCAAGUCCAUGCUGACAUGGUUAUCCUUGCGGACACUCACACACUUAUUGAAUCCAAGCAUGUACUUUAUACACCAAUAAAGGACCAAUAUUUUUACUA